CACUAGCGCCAGCGGAACCGACGACGCAACAAAACGGGCAGCCUGUGGAGAAUGGUGUCACAAAUACACUGAGCACUCUGGUGCAUCCAGCUCAAAUACAUUUACCACUCUCACAGGUUGUGGGUAGCGGCGGGCUGGUGGUGGGCCCGGCGGCACUGCAGCUGCUGUCGGCAGGCGGCGGACUGCGCGUGCUGCAGGCGCCCCACGUACACACCAACGGUAUCACCACCGGCGAAAACAAUAGGAUACCUAAAGAAAACGGCAUCGUCUCUCCCACACCCGUUUCCACAGAGGGCGGCAGCGUUGUAGUGAGCGGUCUGACGCCGCUGGUUGUGUCGCAGCCUGCCGCUCACUUGCUGCAGACGCACACACUUACACAUAAGGUUGAAACCCAAAUGGUGAAGGGUAGCGUGGCGCCGCUGACGGUGAGCGCGCAGUACCUGAGCGCGACCACGAUCGUGAAGCCCGUGGUGGUGGUGUCGGGCGCGCACGGCACGGCGCCGCCGUCGUGAGGGCUGGCGCCGCCCGCGCCGCUCCGCGCCGGCCCGCGCCCGCCCCGACCCUCCGCCUCUGCUCGCACACUACGGACCAAAAUCUAUCACGAGUUUCGACUGACCCGCGACCACGCCUCGUCGCCGGGGACGGUCUUCGCGACACUGCCAAAUGUUAUCGAGCAAUAAUUCGGUUAUACGUACGUAGGACAAGUCGCCGGGCGCGGUGCGCGUGCCGGCGGAGCGGCGCCGAGCCGUGGACCGCGCUUCUUAUGUUAAGAUGGCGCGUUUGUGUAAAAAUGUAUUUAUGCAAUAUCUAUAUUUAGUGGACGUUAUUUUCAAAGACGGUGAUAGCAAAGUGACAAAUGGACGUGUGCGUCCGCACCGGCCGGACGGAGUGCGUGCGGCGCGUUAUAUUUUUCUACAGUUCAACGUUAUUCCGCAUUGUGAUUGAAUACAAUAAAUAUGAAAAUUA